AAGUAAGAAUGAUGGUAGAGAAUGAAAUAAUGAUCGCAGCAAUAAGUACAUACAUUGUUAUUUUUCCACAUUUGUUUGGUAUUGUUGAUAUGACAAUCAAUGUAGCAGUACAGUAUUUCGGUGAGGCGCUGUAAAACUGCAGCGAAAGGCCUCUGUUACGUAAUUGGCAGCACCAGGAGCGCGCAUGCGCAAUAGGAUACUCGUCACCAGCACCAUCAGAAGUAGCAGCAUCAGGACCACCGAGCUCACCCCCACCCCGCCGAUGGCGCAUGUAAACACGGCGCUCGUCCUCUUGUCUUACCGGACGUUCGACCGCCACUUCCUCGCCUCGAUCUGACGUCACCGCCGCGGUACGGGUGCGUGCGCAAGGGAGCGUCGGACUCUUCGAUGAAAUUGUGAUGGUCACUCCGCGACGCGCUCGCGACAAAACAUUGCCUUGAGAGACCCCACCUCAGCUCUUCAGUCAGGGGCUGGGGGCGGAGAUGCACGUCAGCGUUUGGCCCUGUUCGCUCUCCGUCGUGAUGGCAGCUCUGUACCAGGGCACGGACGCCUCUUCCCCGGAUAAAUUCCUCGCCCUGAAAGACGUCAGGGAGGUGAAGGAGGAGACCACGCUGGACGAGAAGCUCUUCCUGCUAGCCUGCGAGAAAGGUGACUACUACAUGGUGAAGAAGCUGCUGGAGGAAAACCGGCACGGCGAGCUCAACGUCAACAGCGUGGACGUGUUGGGCCGCGACGCCGCCACCAUCGCCAUCGAGAACGAGAACCUCGACAUCCUGCAGCUUCUCCUUGAGCAUGGCUGCCAGGCUACCGACGCCCUGCUGGUGGCCAUCGAUUCAGAAGUGGUGGGGGCUGUCGACAUCCUCCUCAACCAUCGACCAAGGCGCGCAUCCAAGCCGUCCAUCGCCAAACUGAUGCAGCGGAUCCAGAACCCCGAGUAUUCCACCACCAUGGACGUGGCGCCCGUCAUCCUGGCGGCGCACAGGAACAAUUACGAGAUCCUGACCAUGCUGCUGAAGCAGGACAUCUCACUGCCGCGGCCGCACGCCGUCGGCUGCGAGUGUACGCUCUGCAACGCCAAGAACAAGAAGGACAGCUUGCGGCACUCCAGGUUCCGCUUGGACAUCUAUCGCUGCCUGGCCAGCCCUUCGCUUAUCAUGCUGACGGAAGAAGACCCCAUCCUCAGAGCCUUUGAGCUUAGCACGGAUCUCAAGGAGCUCAGCCUUGUGGAGGUGGAGUUCAGGAACGAUUACGAGGAGCUGGCCAAGCAGUGCAAGAUGUUCGCCAAAGAUCUGCUGGCCCAGGCUCGCAACUCCAGAGAGCUGGAGGUCAUUCUCAACCACACAUCCAACGAGGAUCCCGUGGACAAGCGAGGGCUCCUGGAGGAGCGCAUGAACCUCAGCCGCCUCAAACUGGCCAUCAAGUACAACCAGAAAGAGUUCGUGUCUCAGUCCAACUGCCAGCAGUUUCUCAACACGGUGUGGUUCGGCGAGACGGCCAGCUACCGGCGCAAGCACACCUGCCUGAAGUUCGCCACCGUGCUGAGUGUGGCCAUGCUGUGGCCGCUGCUGUCAUUCUGUUACCUGCUAGUGCCGCGCUCCCGCGUGGGCCAGAUCAUUCACACGCCGUUCGUCAAGUUCAUCAUCCACAGCGCCUCCUACUUCACCUUCCUGCUGCUGCUCAACCUCUACUCGCUUGUCUACAACGAGGGCAAGAAGAACACCAUGGGGCCCGCGCUGGAGAUGAUUGACUACCUCCUCAUCCUCUGGAUCAUAGGAAUGGUGUGGUCGGAUGUGAAGCGUCUUUGGUACGAGGGGCUGGAAGACUUUCUGGACGAGUCGAGGAACCAGCUGAGCUUUGUGAUGAAUUCCCUUUACCUGGCUACUUUCGCCCUCAAGAUAGUUGCUCACAGCAAGUUCAAGAAUGUCGAAGAUACCGAGAGGAAAAACUGGGAUGCUUUCCAUCCCAUCCUGGUGGCCGAGGGCCUGUUCGCCUUUGCCAACGUGCUGAGCUAUUUGCGCCUCUUCUUCAUGUACACCACCAGCUCCAUCCUGGGGCCGCUUCAGAUCUCCAUGGGUCAGAUGCUGCAGGAGUUCGGCAAGUUUCUGGGCCUUUUCUUGCUCGUCUUGUUCUCCUUCACCAUCGGACUCACACAGCUCUAUGGGAAGGACCAGAAAGACCCAGACAACAGCCCGCCUAGCGACUGCCAAGGCAUAUUCUGCCAGCAGCAGAGCAACGACGCGUUCCACACGUUCAUGGGCACCUGCUACGCCCUCUUCUGGUAUAUCUUCUCGUUGGCUCACGUGGCGCUCUUCGUCACCCGCAUCAGCUACACGGAGGAACUGCGCUCCUUUGUGGGCGCCCUGAUUAUCGGCACCUACAACAUCGUGGUGGUCAUCGUGCUGACCAAGUUGCUGGUGGCCAUGCUCCAUAAAAGCUUCAGGCAAAUCGCCAAUCACGAGGACAAAGAGUGGAAGUUUGCCCGGGCCAAACUGUGGCUGAGCUAUUUCGACGAUAAGUGUACAAUGCCGCCGCCAUUCAACAUCCUGCCCUCGCCCAAGACCGUCUGCUACUUGCUCACAAGUAUCAGCAAGUGGAUCUGCUCGCAUACCUCCAAGGGAAGAGUCAAGAGACAGAACAGCCUGAAGGAGUGGAAGAACCUGAAACAAAAACGCGACGAGAACUACCAGAAGAUCAUGUGCUGCUUGGUGCACCGCUACCUGACAUCCACGCGACAGAAGAUGCAGAGCACGGACCAGGCCACGGUGGAGAACCUCAAUGACCUGCGGCAGGACCUGUCCAAGUUCCGCAAUGAGAUGCGCGACCUGCUGGGCUUCCGUACCUCCAAAUACGCCAUGUUCUACCCCAGGAGCUAGAAGCCUUUUCCUUUUUCCUCUUGACACGCAUCUCUCACUAUUCGUUUAUCCUACAAGAGGAGAACACAAACUGACGGAGGCGAACUAGAAACAAUAUCCAUGUAGUCUCAUGUUUUUUUUGUAAAAGACGGAAAGCAUUGUUUUGGAGAAAAUUGACAAUAAAUAUUUAUGCAAUGUUU